AGGCAGUGGUGUAGUCCAGGGUAUACGCGGGUAUACGGCGUAUACCCACUUAUUUUUCAGUCAGCAUUGCGUAUACCCACUUCUAAACCCCCCCAGAUGCGCACCAUUCAGUAGUAUCUGAAAGCGAAAUCGCCCACUUUUCCCCGGUGAAGCCAUGACCCACGCGCUACUCUGCCACUUAUCGGCUCGCUGUACUGAUUAGUUUGUUUAACUGUAGGCAUGACGACGAAUGAGCCAAUCGGAGGGAGAGAAAGGCGGGUCAUGCCGUAGUAAUAUAGUAAAUAUCGCAAAAGACAAAUUUACAUAGCUAGUAUACUUUUACAAGUUUACUUUAAAUGGUUUUCUAUAAUAAUCCGGUAAAAUGAAGCGAGCUAUCCAAACAAAAAUUUCAUUUGACAAUUUCAAACGUCCUCGCGAAUCAAUAUUAGCCAGCAGCUCAACAGUUAAUGUUAGCGAUCGUACACCGGUACAGUUACCGUCGACGCCCGCUCUGCCCCCCGCCCCCGUCGGAGAGGAGGCUGUCAGUGAAGGAGAUGCUGCCUCUCCGCCCACAGCCAAAGAUGCCGGUACAACUUCGGAUGAAGACGUCAACUACGGUAGGUGGGCGUGGGCCUUUUUUUGUUGGGGGGGGGGGGGGGGGUAAUAAAUAAAACGAAAGGGAUUAUGCAACUUUACACUUUCAAAUGGGUUUUGGUCAUUGUUUCCCUUGUAGCCCGUUAUUCAAUCACUUUAGUUAUUUUAUUACCUGUAAUUCAAUAAUUUUUGUUGUUUUUCUGUAGACAUUAAUAAUGACUGGCCAGACUUGUGGACUGCCAAACAAAAAGAAGAUUUUAAAUGCAAGAACCCCUGGUUGGGAUCCAAAAACAAAAAAAUGGGAUGUCUGGUCUGUAGCAGUGUGAACUCCAUUGGGAUCAACAAGGAGCAAGGUGUAUCACUCUCAAGAGAAUGGAUGAACUUUGAAAUUCAAGUGUCUGGCCAGGGAAGUAGAACAACAAGUCUGUCUGUCUUGAGAAAUAAGGUGAGGAAACAUGCUUUGUCCAAGGCCCACACUCAGGCAGUGAACGUGGCAGAGCAACAGGACAAAGCUGCCAUUGAGAAUGCAAUGGAGGUUAUGACUGAGUCCUACAUGAAGGAAACUGAAGCCGUGUUUCGAACAGCCUACCAUAUUGCCAAAAAAAACCGACCCUUUUCUGACCAUGAGAGCCUCAUCGAGCUGCAGGAACUGAAUGGUCUAAAAAUGGGCACAAUACUUCAUUCACGUUACAGUGCAACACAAAUAAUACAACAUGUUGCCAGUGAGAUGCAGAGCAAAAUUGUCAGUAACAUUAUAGCAUCAUCCAGUAAGUUGGCUGUCCUAAUUGACGAGGCAUCUUCUUUAAGUCACAAAGCUGUCAUGACAGUUUCAAUUAAAGCAUCAAUUCAAGAAGAAAGCCCUGAGUUCAUAUUCAUUGAACUUGUUGAACUGGAAAAUCAGAGAGCAGAUGGCAUAGAACAGGCGUUACUCACCUGUUUAACUAAUGCUGGCUUUACAGAAGAGUGGCUACAUGAAAACUGGGUAACAUUUGUAUCUGAUGGAGCCAGUGUCAUGUUAGGAAAGAAGUCAGGAGUAGCAACCAGGCUGACCUCGAGAUUCCCGAAGCUUUUUGUAUGGCACUGCAUGAACCAUAGACUUGAACUCGCUGUGUCUGAUGCAGUUGAUGAGGUAAACUCUGUCAAUCAUUUCAAAACUUUUAUCCAGAAGCUAUAUUCUGUGUAUAGUAUGUCAAACAAAAAUGAGCGUGAACUCAAAAAUGCAGCAGCUGAAGUAGGCUCACAACUUCUUCGCAUUGGCAGAAUCUUGGAUGUACGCUGGGUGGCCAGUAGCUUUCGGACUGUUCGUGCUGUUUGGACAUCCCUGGGAGCUCUUGUGCAGCACUUUAAAAAUGCUUGCUGUGAUGAGACAAGGUCCACCAAAGACAGGCAAAUGUACAGAGGUUUACUAGACCGUGUUCAAAGUCCAGAAUUUAUUUGUGACCUUGGGCUCAUGUAUGACACACUCCAUGAACUAAGUCUCCUGUCACAGGAGCUUCAGUCUCGUUCGAUAACUCUGCUCAGAGCUGAGCAUCUGCUGAAACGCUCAAUCAGAGUGAUCCAGUCAUUCAAAGAGAGUCCAGGUGAGAAAUAUAGUGAGGCUUUAGAAGCAAAAAAGACUGGGGAGUAUCGGUCUACAACACUGAAAACAAUGGCAAAGCUGAGGUCUAUCAAUCCAGGCCAGUUCUUACAAAGCCUUGUGAACAAUCUGGAGAAACGCUUGUCUUUUGAGGAUGAGACCAUCAAGGACCUCAGCAUCCUUGAUCAGAGUAAAUGGCCAUCAAAGCCCAGCAUCCGCCAUGGUGAAGAACAAAUUAAGCGACUGUGCAAGCGAUUUAACCUGUGCACAGACCAAGCACUGAAUGGGAUGCGGGACCUACUGGAACAGCCCACUAGUGAGCCCAAGGAUCUAAAACCACUCAUGAACUGUAUGAAAACAUUCCCUGUCAGUACAGCAGAGUGUGAGAGGAACUUUAGCCUUAUGAACAAUAUAAGCUCAGACAAAAGGGCUGUCCUACUGAUCUCAAACAUAUCAAACUUGAUGAUGAUUAAUAUCAACGGCCCGCCUACUUCCAAGUUUGAUCCUAGAAAGUAUACAAGGACCUGGUUGAAGAGCCAUCGUGCUGCCUCUUCUGUGCGUUCUAGACAGUGCAGUGUGAAAACUCCUGCAGAAAGCAGGUCUGUCUGGAAUAUACUGUAGAUCAUGGUUAGAAACCCAGUACUGGGCUCAGAGAGCAUAUCACUAUUGAUGUGUUGUAAAUGCAUUUAUAUUUUUUCUUUGUAAACUAAAUAUUGUUGUUUUGUUACAUAUUGUUUUGUUGAAUAAUUUGAAAGAUGAUGUUCAAUCAUCAUAUGAUAUUUAUGUAUAUAUUGAUAUUGUACAUAUCUAACGAGAUGAUUGUUGUGGAAGAGAAAUAAUCUAAUGUUUAAUCUAAGGUGAAAUAUGAAUAAGGAUGCAUUGUCAAAAGUAGUAUGUUAUUUAAAUAAAUGUUCAAAAAAUUA